CACAGAGCUGGGUAAAAAAUGGCUGAAGUUGAUUUCGGGGAUAGUGAGCUCUUUCAGCAGCUCGAUGAAUCUGCACCGCCCGUUCCGACGCAUAUUCGCUUCACAGAUGAUGAGGAAGACCAGGAGGAGACGAGCCAGCUCCGGAGCAAGCUGGAGGAGUGUGAUGAGUACAUCCAGAGACUCACGGAGGAAAAUAUCCUUGUGUCAGUGUGUGUUAGCACUGUGGCUGAUGUAGCACUAGCUAACGUCUGCUAGCACCUGGCUCCUGUCUGUUAAUCAAAACAGCAACCUGAAAAUGUAUGCUAAUGGAUGUUUUGUAGGUUUUCCAUUUCCUUAACUUGUAGAUUACAUAAAGGUUUGAGAAGAAAACUGAACAUCCUGACAAGACCAAGCGGCAUCACAGUUGAAGAUGUCAACAUCGAUGGGCCAGCUCUUCAAGUCCUUUAUGCAAACAAUAUUAUUUCAAAGCAGUGUCGUCAAGAAAUUGAAGAUUGCAUCUGCAGUGUGAUUUUGAAGCACCAGAAACCGAACAAUGAAAAGAAAAACUCCACCUUUCACAUCACACCCCAGAAUUCAGCUUUUGCUAUGGAUGAAGAUCCCCAGAAGUCCUCCACUAGCAUAAGAACAACAACUGAAGCUUUUAAAGUAGUUGGAAGUGUCUUAUAUUUCACUUCAUUCAGUGUUGACAAACUUGGACAGCCUCUGGUGAACGACAAUCCCCAGCUGACAGAUGGAUGGGACGUUCCAACCUAUCACCAAGUUUUCAAUCAAGUCGUUGGCACGGAUGGACUGGAAAUAGAAAUGAAAGACAAAAGACCCAAAUCAAUGUGUUUCAACUGUGGCUCUGGUGGUCAUCAGCUGAGAGACUGUCCCAAGCCUAAAGACAUGGCUGCAAUUAAUGAGAGAAGAAAGGAGUUUAAUCAGAACAGCAACCAGUCCAUGCAGAGUAACCAGCGAUACCAUGCUGAGGAAGUGGAGGAGCGGUUUGCUAAAUACAAGCCUGGAGUUAUGAGUGAGGAGCUCUUGGCAGCGCUGGGAAUCGAUGGCAACACCCUUCCUCCUCUGAUUUAUCGAAUGAGGCAGCUAGGCUACCCACCAGGUUGGCUCAAAGAGGCAGAGAUGGAAAACUCUGGCUUAAUGCUGUAUGAUGGAAAUGUUUCAAAUGAUGGUAAUAUGACAGACAAUACGCAAAACAUCUCUUAUGAUGUUUCCAAACUGGUAGAUUUCCCAGGCUUCAAUGUACCUGCAUCACACCAUAUGAAAGAUGAGUUCAUGCAGUAUGGCUCUAUCCCAAUGCAGACCAGCCACAUGAAGCAAAACUAUGCAGCGUACCUGUCAAACAACUUCCCUAUGCCUGGUGCCACCAGCAACAAGAGACGGCAUGAAUCUGACUCAUCUCCACAGCAAAGGAAGAAGACAAGGUCCAGUCCUGAUCGGAACUCUGAUAGGAGCUCAGACAUGGAUAUUGAAUCAGACCCAGGAACACCUUAUUAUCAUGGCCAAGGGGACUUCCAGUUCCAACCUCCGCUGCCUCCUGGUUCGCCUGGCUUCAGUUCACCUCCUCCUUUACCCCACGGCACUCCUCCUGCUACACCCACUCCCCCACCUCUCCCAAAAGGUACACCUCCUCCCACACCCACAAACGGCUCUCCAGCUCUGCGGGGGCGUAACUGGGGAGCAGCUGAUGAGACUGCAGAGGGAACAGCGGAUGAAUUGACACUGGAGGAAUUGGAGGAGCAGCAGAGGCUGAUUUGGGCAGCUCUAGAAAACGCUGACACUGCCACUAAUAGCGACUGUGAGACACCUGCAGUGGGAACACCUGUACCCAGUUCACCAAGUGCAUCCACGCCUGCACAUGUCGACACAGAAACGGAGGACGUUGAAGAAGCGAUGGACACAGUGAUACCUGCAGAAACCUGUCAUAGCAGUGAAAAUCAAAGGGAUCAAGGGGUUCAGGAGAUUUGCUCUCAAAGCCCUGGGCCAAUCAAAGUCAAGGAUGAAAGUCCUCAGAGCCCUGAACUAGUCAAAGCGCAAGAAGACAGCCCCCAAAGUCCUGGUCCAGUUAAAUCCCAGGAAGACAACCCACAGAGCCCUGAUCCAAUCAAAUCCCUGGAGGACAACCCACAGAGCUCUGAACCAGUCAAAGUGCAAGAAGACAGCCCUCAAAGUCCUGGUCCAGUUAAAUCCCAGGAAGACAACCCACAGAGCCCUGAUCUAGAUUUCUCUAAUGGGGGUGCCAGAGAUUGUGCUUCUCCUAAGCAUGAUGAGAAGAUAACAGCGGUUCCUCAUCGGAGCAAGUUUGCAGCUGGCAUCGUUCCAUUUGAAGAUACACCAGAGUUCACUGAAGUUGCAGAAGCCACAGGGACUUACCUUAAGAUCAGAGACUUGCUUAAAAGUUCCCCUCGGAAUUUGGCGAAGAAAAAAUAAAAAUUGACUCUUCAUUUGAAACACAAGGAUACAUGAAUUUUUUUAAAACAAAAACUUUUCAGUUCAUUUUCAUGACCAUCCUAUGAAGCAUGUUUUUAGCCAUUUAUUAUUUUGUACCAAGUUGAAUGUCUAUGGCUGUGUAUAUACAUUUGAUCUGCAAACAUACAAUUUGCUAGGGUGAAUUGAGGGAUGCUGCAACAGCAAUAGUUUGUAGGUUUUGACCAAUUAGUCUGUUUUUUUGUAGCAGUUGUGUUACUCAUGCUGUUCAUUUUAUUGUACAAUUUGUAAAAUGGUCAUUUCCUAACCUGUAUUGAUUUUAAUACCAUGAUGCUUAAAUGGCUUUUCUAUUUUUGUCCCAUUUGGAUUGCUCUAAAACCAUGAAGUAAACAUGCUUUCACUUGUUUCAGUGAGCUAUUUUGUCUGGCAGCCAUGGCUAGAUGUGGGUUCAUUUUCAUUUUUCUUAUUUUAACAGCAAAUGGUACUGUAUAUAGUUAAUUGUUAGCCAUUUUUAGCAGAGCUUCUUGAACAGGUUGCACCCUUUGUUGCAAUUAUCCACUCGCUGAUUUUGAUGCAAAUCAAAUUGCAUAAAAUUUUGCAUUUUCACCUUUUAAAAUUAGGGCGCCCUGUCUACAUUUUGUCUUUUAUUCAUUCACUUUUCAUCAAAUAGAUAAAUGUCACUGCUGAAA